UCAUCCAUCAAACGAAGGCGAUCAGUAGGCCCAGUUAUGGCUUCCCGAGUAAUGAUACAGAAUGAAUUCCAAUGCAGCUCACCCGUUAGCACCACGCAACUCGCAGACAUGAGUGCAGGAAAUGGUAGACGUCCUACUUCAAAAUAUACAAAGGUUGGCGAGCGUCUGCGCCAUGUCAUUCCCGGUCACAUGCAGUGUUCGAUGACUUGUGGAGGACGUGCCUGUAAAUAUGAAAACCCAAGCAGAUGGAGUGAUGAGGACCAGGCUAUAAAGGGUCUUUACUCUUCCUGGAUUACCGACAACAUCCUGGCAAUGGCACGACCUUCAUCUGACAUAAUUGAGAAGUUUAAUAUAAUUGAACAGUUCCAGAGCCAUGGUAUAAAAACAAUAAUUAAUCUGCAGCGCCCUGGGGAGCACGCCAGCUGUGGAAAUCCUUUGGAACAAGAAAGCGGUUUCACCUACCGUCCGGAGGCUUUCAUGGAAGCUGAAAUUUACUUCUAUAAUUUUGGAUGGAAAGAUUAUGGAGUUGCGUCACUUACAACAAUUCUUGACAUGGUUAAAGUGAUGACGUUUGCGUUACAAGAAGGCAAAGUAGCCAUUCACUGCCACGCAGGGCUUGGACGCACAGGUGUUUUAAUUGCAUGUUAUUUAAUAUUUGCAACGCGAAUGACUGCAGACCAAGCUAUUCUUUUUGUACGGGCAAAACGUCACAAUGCUAUUCAGACACGGGUGCAGUUGCUCUGUAUUCGAGAGUUCACUCAGUUCCUGACCCCACUCCACAAUGUGUUUGCCUGCUGUGAUCCUAAGGCUCAUUCCGUGACUUUAUCUCAGUACUUGAUCCGUCAGCAGCAUCUUCUUCAUGGUUAUGAAGCCCGCCAUCUCAAAUAUGUGCCAAAAAUUGUUCAUUUAGUCUGUAAGUUACUUUUGGACUUUAUCGAAAAUAAGCAAGUGAUUGGAGAGGAAAUUAUGGACGUGCCAGAUCUCUCUGCUGAAAUUGAGAAGACCGUUUCUUUGUUACCCACUGUACUGUUGGAUAAAGUGUUAGGAAGAGAUAUUGAAGUUGCUGAUCCAUUAUGCCCUCCUAUGACCUCUGCAGCUUGCUGUUUUACCCAGGAUUCUGCAUUAUCGAGCGAACAGGAAUUUGAUCCUUUAUGGAAAAGGAGGAACGUUGAGCGUCUCCAGCCUUUGUCCCAUCUGAAAAAGCGUUUGAGCUACAGUGACUCUGAUCUAAAAAAGGCAGAAUUACUCCUUGAACAGGGUGAAACACCAUGGACUGAGCCAGCUCAAAUGUCAUUCAUAAAUAACCUAAACCAGCAGAUGAAGGUGAAACAAUGUUGCGUCUCAGGAUAUGAUGGCCUAACUCAGCAAACACCCAAGCCAAAUUUUAAAAAACAGCCCUCUGUGCAGCACGCCUUUUCUUUUUGGACCCAAAACAAGCUUGGCAGCAUCGAGACCCAGAGGGAUGGGUCUCCACUUUUUCACAGGAGGAAGGUCCCAAAGGAAAUCAAGCGAAGCCAUACUUUUUCCUUAGGAUAUUCCUCAUUUCCAGACGGUGGCCAAACCCAGUUAACAGAUUCUAAUUUAUUAACCAAUAUUAUGCCAAACCGGUGUACCCAAGAAUCCGGUGACUCUAACACUCCUGAUAUCUCAGAGCCAGAAAGGGCAAGUGGCUGCUCUCCAGAAGAGCAUUCUUUAUCUAAAGCCACGUUUUACCUAGAAGGUGAAAGCCAUGGACAAGCAGAGGUGGCAGAGUUCAUCCCACACAUAGUUUUACAAUGUGAGCUCAGUCUUGAGGGCAGGAGAUUGCUUGUAGCUAGAGCUCUUGCAGAGCUAAAUGUGGACUGUUUAACAGACGUGGCAGAGAAGGUGAAGGGUUGGCAGAAAGAGCUGAAUUCUCGAGAAGCUGCCUGGGAUAGAAUCUGCUCGGAAACAAACCUAUUCGUUCUCUGCAGUCUCAUGUGGUCUUGGAUGGAGCAGUUAAAAGAACCAGCUAUUACUAGGGAGGAUAUCGAUUUGCUGACUGGCUAUGGAAGGGAUCUGAACAGCGCCCUUUACCUGCUGGACAAAAGUCGAUAUCAAACCAUCCUUUGUAUUUUACAAUGUGUGAGUAUACUACAGCCAAUAGCCCCUGAUAUAGAGGACGCUUUGCUCACACGGAUCAUCAAAGCUUUUACGAAGGUUUCAGAAGAUUCCGAGAAUGGUCCUUCGGUUUACGGUACUCUCAAAACUAUCCUUAAACACACACUGGCGGAUAUCCAAAAGUAGACAGAAAAGGAAUGAGGAUCUUCAUGAACUACGCCUUGUAUGUUUAGUAAACACCAGGAAUAGGAAACCGCAGGGACGCUAGCUACUUUCAUAGUUAUAAUUACCUCCAUGUAUUGCUUGUUAAAGACAUUAUGGGAGGAAACGUGAAGUAGCAUGUGACAUUAUGGUGACCCUAGAAAAUAGAACUGUAGGCAGAAAUAUUUAUGAAGAGCAAUUAUGACACCCCA